AACAAAAGUGCACAGGGCGGAACCAUGGACGGGGGCAGCCUCAAACGUCACCGGAAACGGAAGAGAAUGAAUGAAGCACAGACAUGUAACCUGUAACUGCUGAGGAGAAAAGCUCUGGUCCUGGCGUAAGAUGCCCCACAUUUACCAUAAAAUGGGGCAGUUGGGCCUCUCCUUCCUCCGCUCCACCAGGACCUGCCCUCUCCAUCAUAGGGCCGUGAUGUGUUCCCACCCUUCCUACAAGGGCACCAGAACGCUGGGCCCCAGCUGUCAGAAACACAGGUGUGUGAGCACAGCCCUGGGACAGCACACACAGGACCUGACUGGCCCGGAGCAGAGACUGGUGACCAAACUGUACCAAGGACUGACCGGAGGACAGAGGGCAUCUUUGGCUGAGUCCAUCACUCUGGUCGAGACGCAGCAUCCCAGGAAAAAAGAGGUGGCGCAAGUGCUGCUGCAGAAAGUGUUGGCCUACAGGGCUGAACAGGAGAGACAAAAUGGAGGGCAACCGGUGGCCUUUAGAGUAGGUCUCUCUGGUCCUCCUGGGGCAGGGAAGUCAUCCUUCAUCGAGGUGGUGGGCAAGAUGUUGACUGGACGUGGACACAAAGUGUCUGUGUUGGCGGUGGACCCGUCCUCCUGCACCACAGGAGGGUCUCUAAUGGGUGAUAAGACCCGUAUGACUGAACUCUCCAGAGACUUGAGCGCUUUUAUUCGACCGUCACCAACCUCUGGAACACUGGGGGGAGUCACCAGAACUACCAACGAGGCCAUUGUCCUCUGUGAGGGAGCUGGCUAUGACAUUGUCCUUGUGGAGACUGUAGGUGUGGGCCAGUCAGAGUUUGCUGUGGCCGAUAUGGUUGACAUGUUCGUGUUGCUGAUUCCACCAGCAGGGGGCGAUGAACUCCAGGGUAUCAAGAGGGGCAUCAUUGAGAGGGCUGAUCUGGUGGUGGUGACAAAGUCAGAUGGCGACCUGGUGGUGCCGGCCAGAAGGAUCCAGGCGGAGUACACCAGCGCGUUAAAGCUGCUCAGGAAACAGUCCAAGUCCUGGAACCCCAAGGUGAUGCGCGCCUCUUCCCACACUGGAGAGGGCAUCCCGGAGGUCUGGUCAAAGAUGGAGUCUUACCGGGAUGCCAUGCUAGCCAACAGUGAGCUACAGGGCAGAAGAAGAGCGCAGCAGAAGGUCUGGAUGUGGAGUCUGAUCCAGGAAAAUGUCCUGCGUCAUUUUCAGAACCACACCAGUGUCAGAGACUCUUUGCCCUACUUUGAGGAGCAGGUGACCAAAGGAGUCAUUUCUCCAGGACUGGCUGCUGACCUGCUCCUGAAAAACUUCUCCUCCUCGUUCUCUGUCUCUUCCUCCUCAUAAUCAACUGAAUGACCAUCAACUUUCACUUCUCAAUAAGAGAAGCAUCUGUGCUGCUUUAACUGGUAUUUUUUUAAAUGAAAAUACUACUUUGGCUGAGAUCCACACCAGUAAAGGCAGAAGACGUUUCUCAUGUCUCACCUUGGACUUCCUGUAAAAUAUUCACUUUUGGAGCAUGGCAGGAGAAGUGCAUUAGUGAGAAACGACACUUGGGAAGUUGUGGCUGCUUUUAUUUUUAAUAUACAUAUUAAAAUACAUCACUGUAACUCUACUGCCAUCAUGAGUGGUUUUAAUACAUUUUUUAAUAAAGAACUCAUCUCCUUGGCCAU